AUGCAAUAAUAGCAAGACGUUGAGCUUAAAUAUUAGGCACCUGAAGAAAAAUUUUAACAAAUUUUUGAGGAAUUCUAAAAGAAACAUAAAGAUUAGGCUAUGGUAUUUGAUUAAGAUGAACUAACAUCGAUUUACAAUGAGCUUCAAAAGAAGAAGAUAUACUUAACAUCCUACAUUUCAUAAGGUCGUUAAGGAUGUGUUUUUGAGGCUAAGUACAAUGAAGAAAUAGUAGCUGUCAAAUGUAGCAAACCUAUAUUUCAAAAAAUCGAAGAAGAACAAAAAAUACUGAAAUUGCUAAAGGAUACUCCUUAUGUUUUGAAAUCAAUCGAAGAGUUUUUAAAUGAAAAAAAAUCGAAAUACUAUCAGAUUUCUAAAAAAUAUUCAUGCAAUCUUAAAGAAAUAAUGUAAAGCUUCUUUAAUUAAAGAAAACCACUACCACUCAACUAAAUAGUUGGUUUUGCUAUUCAGAUGUCAACAGUCUUUGAAAAAAUUUAGUAAAAUAAUUUGGUUCACUCUGAUGUUAAACCAGAGAAUAUCCUAUAUGAUAGCUAAGAAAAAUGUUUUAAUCUAUGUGAUUAUGGAGAUUCUAAAUCAUUUAAAGAUGGAUCAAAAACUUAUGAUCUCAAAGCAUUUACAAGAAAGUAUGCAGCUCCUGAAUUAUUUGAUGAUAACGGUUUCUUCAAUAUAAAAUAUGAUAUUUAUGGCUUAGGAAUUAUUCUACUUGAAUUAACCCUUGGAAAGUUUCUUGAAAAUGAAGAUUGUACUUUUAUCAGAAAUGGAGAACUACCAAACUAUAUAAGCAAAAAUGCUUUAUUUUAAGAUAUUAACUAAAUAAUAGUUCAAAUGCUUGAAAUAAUGCCUUAGAAUAGAAUCGAUUCUUUUGAGCUAACUAAGCAAUUAAAUAAUUUAAGACUAAAACUAGAAAGUUAGUUCAUUUUUGCAGUAAAGGACAAAUUGGAUUUAACGGAGUCUAAUUUGAUGAUUUCAAAAUUCAGACAGUCUUUCCUUAAAUUUAACUACACUUGCAAACAAAAUGAAGUCAGAUUAGAUAAGUAUGCUUUUAAGGGUUACAAUAAUCUCUCUAAAAUCUAGGAAUGUUUAGCAAAAAGGUUAGUUCACCACUUAGAUCUUCAUUUCUGGUAAAAUGAGCUUGGUGCAGAUGGAGCUAAGAACAUUGGAAUAAGUUUGGAGAAGUGCCAAAACAUAACAUCUUUGAAUCUGGAUCUCGCGUGGAAUAAUCUUGGUGCAGGUGGAGCUAAGAACAUUGGAAUGAGCUUGGAGAAGUGCCAAAACAUAACAUCUUUGAAUCUCAAUCUCUGUAGUAAUAAGCUUGGUGCAGAUGGAGCUAAGAACAUUGGAAUGAGUUUGGAGAAGUGCCAAAGUAUUACAUCUUUGAAUCUCAAUCUCUAGUAUAAUAAGCUUGGUGCAGAUGGAGCUAAGAACAUUGGAAUGAGUUUGGAGAAGUGCCAAAACAUAACAUUUUUGAAUAUGGAUCUCAUGUAAAAUGAGCUUGGUGCAGAUGGAGCUAAGAACAUUGGAAUGAGUUUGGAGAAGUGCCAAAACAUAACAUUUUUGAAUAUGGAUCUCACGGAGAAUAAUCUUGGUGCAGAUGGAGCUAAGAACAUUGGAAUGAGCUUGGAGAAGUGCCAAAAUAUAACAUCUUUGGAUCUCAAUCUCUGGUAUAAUAAUCUUGGUGAAGAUGUAGGUAAGAACGUUAGAAUGAGCUUGGAGAAGUGCUAAAAUAUAACAUCUUCGAAUCUGCAUUUCUGA